GACGAAGAACGCUCGAUCAUCAAACAAGACAAGGGUUCGAACACUUCCAGGACCGCAGAACCAUGGGAGAAUUCCAAUCACCCGCUCUUUCUCCAUCAUUCGGAUCAACCAGGGGCAGUUCUUGUCUCACAACCGUUGAUGGAAGAUAACUACACAACGUGGGCACAAUCAAUGAACAUGGCGCUCACCAUCAAGAACAAGAAAGGUUUCAUUGACGGAACCUUGAAAAGACUGGUGCACAACGCCGAUGAACAGAACCAAUGGGAUCGAUGUAACACUCUUGUCAAGACUUGGCUUCUGGCAGCCAUGUCAAAGGAGAAUCAAAGCAGUGUGGUUCACUGCAAGGAAGCUCAAGGUAUGUGGCUAGAAUUGCAAGAGAGAUUCUCUCAAACUAAUACAGUUUUGUUGUUCAAUAUAGAGAAUGCUAUACAUGGAUGUGAACAAGGAUCAAGCUCUGUCAAUUCCUUCUACAUGAAACUUAAAGGUCUAUGGGAUGAAAAGGAUGCCCUUUGUUCCUUUCCUCCUUGUUCCUGUGAGGCUGCAACAGAGGUCAAGACUUUCAUUGAAACCCAAAAGACCAUGAAGCUUAUGCAAUGGUACUUUUGCACAAACCCGCAGCACUAUCAUAGGAAUGGAUCCUCUCCCAAACCUCAACAAAGCUUAUGCAAUGGUGUUACAUCAAGAGAAGCAAGCUGAAACCAUCGCUAACAAGUCCACGAUUUCGUCAGAGUCCUCUGCCUUUGUGGUCAAGCGAGUGAACAAAGGCUACAGUCCUAAAGAAGGAGAGAACCGCACCUUCAAUCCUAGUACGGGACCGUCAAAAUUCUGUGAGAAGUGUGGAAUGAAUAAUCACACUGCGCAGUAUUGCAGGGCACAUCUGAAAUGCAUAUAUUGUGAGGGCAAAGGGCACACCUAUGCAUAUUGCCGCAAGAAGAAGAAUGAUAAUGCUCUGGCUGCGGGUGGACAAAUCCGGUCCAAGGCAAAUCAUGUCGAGACACAGAAGGAUGAUAAGGAAGCUGCCUCUGCCAACUUUCCAUUCACAAGAGAAGAGUGUCAACAUCUUCUCAACCAACUCAUAACUCAAACAAAACCUGCAUCUGCCAAUUUGGUUGGUAGCAUCCCAAACUAUGAGGAACUCUCAGGACCUACGAUCGGGGAGGAUGAUUGGGACGGGAACUGAGCAGGAGGGACUUUACCGCCUCAAUCUGGAACGGGAAGGAACAUGCAAUGUGGUUCAUGCGAGCUCGGACACCCUGUGGCAUCAACGGCUUGGCCACCCUUCGAAUAAAGUUUUUUCAUUAUUUCCUUUUCUUACAAAUAAAGCUUGUGAUUCAAACUCUUGUUCUAUUUGCCCUUUAGCCAAACUUACUCGGCAACCCUUUCCAU